CCGGCAGUCGCUCGCGAGCGGGCGCCCACCACACUCGCCCGAACACUGCCCAGUACCGCAUAUAAAAAGAAACGAGACAUCGCGCAUGCGAAUAUCGAUCGCACUCAAAAUGGUACCAGUAUCUAGGUUAACCGGCUAAAAUUAAAGGUGCGUUCCGAAUUCAAGGUUGCAAUCGUCGCCGGCGCAGCUCUGAAAUAGCUAUCGUGCAUGGAAAAAUGGAUAUCUUCGGCGCGUAGCGUCCACGGCUUAGGGGCGCGUUUCCCGUGGCUUUCCAUGAUGGCGGAUGGAAAUUAUGUAAGAUUCGUGCGUUAUUGUUUCGCUUGAUUCCGCGCUAGGGCCAGCCCGUCCAUUGUUCCGAUCGAUAAAACGCGUGUGACGGAGCCCCCUCGGCUCUGGGAGUGUCUGGAGACCGGUCGAUUAUCGCGCCGCGAUUUGUGUGAAAGGGACCGUCGAUCCAUACACUCCCUCAGCGCCUUAUAUGGAGCGGGACAGGUAUACAACGCGAGCUACGCCGCGAAAUAACACACACAAACUCGAAUAUAGGUAAUACCGCGGUCCGCGGCGACUUAACUACAAAAAAUCGAUUGAAUCGAUAAAUUCGAACGCCUAACGGACUUGAGAACUAUUAGUGGACUUUUUAGGUGCUUUAGAUAUGGACUUGCCUUAAUUUUUUUCACAAUGUUUGCUGUAUAGUUGACACUGCCAGUAGGGGUAGUUUGUUAGGGACUGAGUAUCGAAGCGGUGGUGGGGCGAUUGUUUCGGUGAGGGUGGCUUGUGAUGCGGCGGCGGCCGCGGAGACACGUCGGGAGGCUACCAGAGAAACGGCCUUGUGUGCUGGUCUGACGAAACCGUUAAGGUCGCCACCUGCAGCAUAAUAGGGAGCCAUACGCCGCGGCGGAAAGACGGGUGCGACACGCACUCGUGAUCUAGAGGGUAGGGCGUGGUGCGGGCGGCGGCCGCGAGCCCGGCACCAUGGCGACGGUGGAGGGGCGGCCGGCGCAAUAUGGUGUCACCCUUCGGCAGCUGCGCGAGCUGAUGGAGACGCGCGGCGCCGAGGGGCUGGCCAAGAUCAACGCGCUCGGCGGGCCUCAGGACUUGUGCAAGAAGCUCUACACAUCGCCCACAGAUGGUCUUAGCGGUACAAAAGCAGACCUGCAGCACAGGCGAGAGGUGUUCGGUUCAAACCUCAUACCGCCGAAACCUCCCAAAACCUUCCUCACCCUGGUAUGGGAGGCGUUGCAGGACGUUACGCUCAUUAUAUUGGAGGUCGCUGCCGUGGUCUCUCUAGGGUUGAGUUUUUACAAACCGUCCGAAGACGAAAGUGAUCCUGACGACCCUGCGCAUUUGGACGAAGAGGAAGCCCAUUACCAGUGGAUCGAGGGUCUGGCGAUCUUAAUAUCUGUUAUAGUUGUCGUUAUAGUCACAGCGUUCAAUGACUACACGAAAGAGAGGCAAUUCAGGGGGCUCCAAUCAAGGAUAGAGGGUGAACACAAGUUCGCGGUGAUCAGAGGCAACGAGGUGAAGCAGGUGCCGAUCAGUGAAAUAGUCGUCGGCGACAUCUGCCAGAUCAAGUACGGGGACUUGCUGCCCGCUGAUGGCGUCCUAUUGCAGAGUAACGACCUUAAGAUCGACGAGUCAUCGCUGACGGGUGAAUCGGACCAUGUUAAGAAGGGAGAAUCUUUUGAUCCCAUGGUGCUAUCCGGUACUCACGUUAUGGAAGGGUCGGGUAAGAUGCUGGUGACGGCGGUGGGCGUGAACUCGCAGGCCGGCAUCAUCUUCACGCUGCUGGGCGCCGCCGUCGAGAAGGAGCACAAGGAGAUCAAGCAGAUGAAGAAAGAAGCCAAAAAGCAGCAGAAAAAGGGACAACGCAAGAGUCUGACAGGUGACGACGACUUGGCAGCCUCGGGCAACAGCCACGGCAACCACGCGCGGCCCGACGACAACCACGUGCCCGCGCCGCCCGCCGACAAGCCGCCGGCCGAAACCAGCCACAAGAAGGAGAAGUCGGUGUUGCAAGCCAAACUCACCAAACUAGCCAUACAGAUCGGUUACGCCGGUUCAACGAUCGCGGUGCUCACAGUAAUCAUUCUAGUCAUUCAGUUCUGCGUACACACAUUCGUCAUCGAGGGCAAGCAUUGGAAGGCGACGUACAUCAACAACCUCGUCAAGCACCUCAUCAUCGGUGUCACCGUGCUGGUGGUCGCGGUGCCGGAGGGGUUGCCCUUAGCCGUCACACUCUCACUCGCCUAUUCCGUUAAGAAAAUGAUGAAAGACAACAACUUAGUACGGCAUCUCGACGCUUGCGAAACAAUGGGUAACGCGACAGCCAUCUGCUCAGACAAGACUGGUACCCUGACGACCAACAGAAUGACAGUGGUGCAGUCGUACAUCUGCGAGAAGCUGUGCAAGGUCACGCCCAACUACAGGGACAUACCGCAAGAAGUCGCCGAGACCAUGGUCGAGGGGAUAGCGGUCAACAGCGCUUUCACGUCCAGAAUCAUGCCAUCACUAGACCCCACCGGUCCACCAAUGCAAGUAGGAAACAAAACUGAGUGCGCUCUUCUCGGCUUCGUAGUUAACUUAGGACAGAGUUACGAGGGCGUCAGGGAAAGGCAUCCUGAAGAAUCGUUCACUCGCGUCUACACGUUCAACUCCGUGCGCAAGAGCAUGUCCACUGUCAUACCUUAUAAAGGGGGAUAUAGGCUGUAUACAAAGGGUGCUUCCGAAAUUGUUUUAAAAAAAUGCGCUUUCAUCUAUGGUCAUGAAGGUAGAUUAGAAAAAUUCACCCGCGACAUGCAAGAUAGAUUAGUGAGGCAGGUGAUCGAGCCAAUGGCCUGCGAUGGACUACGGACGAUAUCCGUGGCGUAUAGGGACUUCGUUCCGGGCAAAGCGGAUAUUAACCAGGUGCACAUAGACCAAGAGCCCAACUGGGACGACGAAGACAACAUUGUAAAUAAUUUGACCUGCUUAUGCGUUGUUGGAAUUGAAGAUCCUGUCAGGCCAGAGGUACCAGAGGCGAUCAGGAAAUGUCAAAAGGCCGGCAUCACGGUGCGGAUGGUGACGGGUGACAACGUGAACACGGCGCGCUCCAUAGCCGUCAAGUGCGGCAUUCUCAAGCCCACCGACGACUUCCUCAUCCUAGAAGGGAAGGAGUUCAACACCAGAAUUAGGGACGCUAACGGAGAUGUACAGCAACACCUUUUAGACAAAGUGUGGCCGAAGCUGCGCGUGCUAGCACGAUCGUCGCCCACGGACAAGUACACGCUGGUGAAAGGCAUGAUCGAGUCCAAGGCCUUCGACAAACGCGAGGUGGUCGCGGUAACUGGGGACGGUACCAACGACGGGCCUGCGCUCAAGAAGGCUGAUGUAGGAUUUGCCAUGGGUAUCGCCGGUACGGACGUGGCGAAAGAAGCGUCGGACAUCAUUCUAACAGACGACAACUUCUCGUCCAUUGUAAAGGCUGUGAUGUGGGGUCGUAACGUUUACGACUCCAUUGCCAAGUUCCUUCAGUUCCAAUUGACUGUCAAUAUUGUCGCCGUCAUCGUCGCAUUCAUCGGUGCCUGCGCUAUCCAGGACAGCCCGCUCAAGGCGGUACAAAUGUUAUGGGUGAACCUUAUAAUGGACACGCUAGCGUCGCUUGCGCUUGCGACGGAAAUGCCGACCCCCGACCUGCUGCAAAGGAAGCCUUAUGGUCGAACCAAGCCGCUCAUCAGCCGCACCAUGAUGAAGAAUAUCCUCGGACAGGGUGUCUAUCAGCUCUUCAUCAUCUUCACACUGCUAUUUGUCGGCGACAAGAUGUUAAACAUCCCGUCGGGGCGAGGGCAGCAGCUGAGUUCGGAGCCGUCGCAGCACUUCACAAUCAUCUUCAACACAUUUGUCAUGAUGACUCUGUUCAACGAGAUCAACGCGAGAAAGAUCCACGGCCAGAGGAACGUCUUCCAGGGACUCUUCACCAACCCUAUCUUCUAUUCCAUCUGGAUCGGGACUGCACUCUCGCAGGUAGUAAUUAUCCAAUUCGGCGGCAUGGCCUUCAGUACGGCGGGACUGUCGAUAGACCAGUGGCUGUGGUGCUUGUUCUUCGGCGCCGGCACGCUGGUGUGGGGGCAGCUCAUCACCUCCAUCCCCACCAGGAAGAUACCCAAGAAGUUGUCAUGGGGCCGUGGACAGCCGGACCCAGAGUCCAUGCAGCCCGGGCCGGACUACGACUCGGACCUGGACAAGAAGCCGCGCGCCGGACAGAUCCUCUGGAUCCGGGGCCUGACGCGCCUCCAGACGCAGCUGCGCGUGGUGCGCGCGUUCAAGUCGACGCUCGAGGACCUGGAGGAGCGGCUGUCGGCGCACUCGGCCGCGGGCCUGCGCUCGCGCCUGCGCGCCGCGCCGCAGGACAUCGCCUACAUCGACGCGGACGACGUGCCCGCCGCCGCGCGCACCGAGACCACCAUAUUCUGAGCCCCCACCCCACCCGCGCCCCGCACACCCACACCCACACACCCACACACACAGCCACACACGCAUCGUGUACUUAACGCCGCAAUCUCCGCGCAAUCUCAUCCCGUCUCCGCCGGCCCCGAACCCUAGGCGAUAAGAUUUUCUAUUAAGUGUUGAAAUUUUUAGAUGUAGGUAGUCGAUAGCAAUAAAGUAUAUAGUUAGAGGCCCGACGUUAGGCUCCUAGACCGCAUCGUGCCUGUUACCGCGCCAGAGCGCCCUGCGUCACUGUUGUGUCUGCGACCUGCGACUCUCGAGGCGUGUGACGUCACCCGGUAGCCGGCGCAGCACCGCGUCGCCGCGUAACGAACACUGCUAUUUCAGAGACGAAACUAUUUUGUAAAUAAGUUUGUAUUUUUCUCGAACGUCUUUGUAUGUACAUCGGAGCGGUGAUAUUUUGUAUAGACGUUGUGAAGACUUUAGAUCCCUUUGACAUUGUAACUUUUACUCUAAUUCUUUAGAAUUUUACUACGUAAUGUUUACCUUCUCGAUAGGAUAUAGUUAGAGUUGCGAGUAGCUUCGUGUGAUUGAGCGCCCGAGCUCCGCGCGGCGGAUGAUGUUUUGUUUCAUAGUAAAUUUUGGGACCACUUUACCCCGUUUCUGCCUAAAACUGGGAUACAAUUAGAUCUACAAUUAUUAUAUCUAUAGCUAAAUGUUGUAUUAAACAGAGUAUAUGAAUAUAGAACACUAUGUAAUCUAAACAAGUAAAAUAGCUAGAUAGACCUUGUAUACGCCUACCUAAAGUUUAGUAUGAAUGGGACUCAACGCUCGACGAGAGAGCUACCGAACGACGUAUGUGUUAAGGUGAAACCUUGUAGCGAGUAUGAGAAUGUUACGAGAUCAAUUUACGAUUAAUAAAUUUUGAAGCGAAAUUCCAUAGCAUUUUCUUUCAAUAGUGUUAUGGUGGGGGCCGCCCAGUCUUAGAAUGUCGCUCUAUUUCAGAUGUUAACGGUAAGUUUAGGUCGAGUGGAACGCCGCCCGACGCCGUAGGUACCGUCGGGCCGGCCGCGGGCGGAGUCGCCGGACCCAGAGAAACGGGUACAAUUGAAACUCAACUUUAGAGAUACUAGCAUAUGGUUGAAAUUGCUAAAAUUGCAUUCAAGACGCGACACAAUGCCAGCAGGUUCGUGCUCGCGAAAUUUCGGCCUUAUUCAAAGGCGUUUAGAGCUGAGUUUUAUUUGUUAUCGCUGUCCCGCUACUCCGUCCGCGCUGGCCCUCAGUGUAGACUAUAACUAUAUAUAAUUAUAGCGACGCAUGACGCCCGUGUUGCACGUUGUCUGACGUCUACGUCUUCGGUACAUACACUUACACGCUCUGGCUUUACUAGUUACGAUCGAACGAAUCAGUAUACAGUAUACACCAAUCAGAAAUCACGUAUAGGUCAACCCUGACACCUCUCUAAAGCUGUUCGCGCAUAAUACGAGCAAAGGCUUCUCUUGACGCGGAUUUUUCAGUACUGAAAAUGCGGGAUCAGCCAUUUUGGAUGUUCCAACCCUGCUGAUUUUAUCCAAUAUUUUUAGCAGAGCUAUUUCUUACCAUAUCCAAUGCUGAUUUCUUUGCAUUUUCUAUCCCUGAAAAUUGUGUUGAAAAUGGUUUUUGCGCCUAUCAUGGGACGUAUGUAGUCUGUGUAGUAGCGAUCAGCUUGAUUCUCGAGAGGUGACGCGUGCGCCAUUUUGUGUCUUGCGCGUCAACAAAAUGGCCGCCACUUAGAUUGUAAGUACAGAGUAUCUAUUGAAGAUGUAUUUAGAACAUUCGGUACAACUUUUUUGUCUUACUUUUUUUAAUUGUAAUUUUUUAAUUAAUUUUUUGGCUUCGCAUUUAUAGUGUGGUCAUGCUUAUGUUCCAGCGUUAUGCAUGUAUACAGAUGUCUGUGAGUAUGCACAAGUAAACAUUUUGUUUUCUUUUUUAAUUACUUAGAUGUUUGGUAGCGUAUCUGAGAGUAUUUUUUUUAUUGAUGCUAUACUAUAUCAAUUUUAAUUUAUUGUUACGUUAGUGACAACCGAGUCUCGAGUCUUAAUUAUUUUGUACGCAUAUAACUCCAGUGUUCAAACUUUUUUUAAACUAAAAUUAUUAGUUUGUUAAUUACUCCAUCACAACAACUACCAAACCUCUAAAAUUUAGCAUUUAAGCAGCUACAAAAAUUGAUAACAAAAAACCAUUUAUAUAAUAUCUCCACUAUUACACCAAAACUAGAAAUAAGUACGGAACAUAUUUUAUCAUCUUGAACCUUAAAAGAGGAGCUUUUCUUACGUUUUUAUUUUUAACUUUUUUAAUCGUUUGCUCGGUUGUGUAAGUACUUAUUUGAUAAAUUGAUUUCAUUAUUUUGUUUUUGACUUACAUUACUUAGGUAUACUUAUUAUUACUUAACCGACAUAUAUUAUGAUAAACAACAUUCUUUAUAUUAAAACUCAUUUAAAUAAAGUAUUUAUUUGAAUUGUACCGAUAUUUCAUUUAACUGUACCUAUGAGAUCGCAGCACGUACUACGUAUGUAGAAAGGUAACACUUCGGUCGGCGCGUAGCUCACAUACCGGAAAACUUUUUACCUUAUUGCGUAGUUACUUAGCUUUCCCACACGGUAUUUUUUCUUAAUAAUAAUAUAAUUUUUAUAUAUUUUUUCAUUGCUAGUGGAUGCCCUGGACUGCCCCGCCCCAGCUAGUGUGAAUGCCCCUAUCUUAGUUAAAUCUAGGCACCUAUUUAGUAACGAAACUGCUAUACAAACAUUUUUUACUAAAUUUUUUCUACUAACAGCUACUUAACUCCUCACUUCUCGUAGUUUUCGGAAUUCUAAAACCAAAGAAUUAACGCUUGAUAACAAACGCAGCAUAUUUUCAAACCACUAUUUUUAAUCCGCAACUAAGUUUUUACGCACAUUUUUUUCUUAUCACUAAAAAUUGGAAUAAACAGAUUGUUUAUGCAACUGGCAAGUGUUGACACGUAACGUUGGUUUUGGAAGGCCGCCGACCCUAUUUGUUUAGUUGGUACUGGCAACAGCGAGCAGUUUUGUUACUCUUGCUUGCUGCGUCGCAGCGCCGCCGCUGCUGUCUGACGCGUGCGUCAUGUUGUUUUGCAGCAAAAAGCGGACAUAUUGGCCGGCCGCAGGAUAUUUGUCAAUAAUUAUUUGGCGGAGCACAGGAGGAUCAGCGUACAGUCCGGCGGCAGCUCCUUGCCGGCGCUCAGCCCCGUGUCGCAUCAGAGCGACGACUAACUAAACUAACCACUAACUAAGCUGUAAACCGAAAAGGCUACACGAAAAUAACUAAAUUUACAACAGAGUUAUUCAAAACUAACUAAAUUUAUACGAAAUUUAUUCAAACAUAACUAAAUUUACACGAAAGUUAUUCAAAAACAAAUAAAUUUAUAAAAAAAAAUUAUUUGAUAAAUUUUACAAAACUAUGGAAGACUUUGAAUGCCUGUAUGGGUACGUGUUUAUUACUAUUCUAAAAAAAAAACUUUGAAAUUAUUGCACAAUAGUAGCUUUUACUCGUAAUCGUAUCGAAGUGAUCCAAAUAUUAACUGCCAAUGAAUAACGCCAGUUAAAAGUUUAUUAUAAAAAUAUAAUCCACGUAUAAAAUUUUCACUUGUCGGUAAUAAAAUCUCUUUAAAAUGUAAAUUUAGAAUAGUUAAGUCGUAAAAUUGUUUACUAAAAUAUAUUUAAGUCUAAGAAAAAUAUUAGAAUUUGCGAGAUAAAAAUAAUAAAUAUAAGAUUUAAACUUAAUAAUAUUAUGGUGCACCUUUUUAGAGUGAAUAUUUUAGCGAUAAUAUUGCAAAGUAUUCUUUUAUAGCCGAUAUAUUAAAAUGUGAGUCAUAUGAGCACGUUCGAUUAUUUUUCUACGAGAAGGUUAUAAUAUCGUUAGUUUUUCUGUAAAUAUUCAUGACCACUUACCUUCUUUCGUUCUCGAUGGAUGUUUUCUAACGUUGUUGUGUGUUGUGCUAAUGUUAAAGAUUUAUAACGAGAUCAUUAAUUUUUAUAUGGAAGAUAUGAAAUUCAUGUGCCAUUUUAUAUUAAUAUAAACUCAUGAUUUUCCGCUACCAAGUGCUUAAGUGUUUUGGACGAUAUUUAAAUUUGCUUGAUUUGUUUAUUAUUUUAUUUGUGAAUGCAUUAUUUGAUGUGUUGAUCUUGUGUCUUUGGAUCUGUUAUUGUGAAGUUGUUUGUGUUUCAUACUUUGUCUUAACGUUUGCAUCAUGGGCUGUGCUAUCGGGAGAGCAAUAUGCGAUCCAAUUAUUAUUUUUGUUUGUAAGUGUUAAAUUAGACCUUAUAUUUAGAAAAAUGUACCCUCAGAAACCACUGAAAAUUUCAUAGUUAAUCUGUGCAUGAUAUAGAAGAAACAUAAUUAUUAUACUUGCCUAUUUAGUUCAAACUAUUCUUAAUUUUCUUUAAACUUAAACCUUAACUUAAAUCUUAAGUAGAACACUAUCCACAAUUACUUAUUCACACUCGACACCGUCUUCCAAACAUUUUAUUACUCUUUUCUUUUAUUUUUAGUUUUCCGUUUUUAGUGACCCAGGACGUUCUCAAGCAAAUUUAAAUAUUUUCAUAUAACAGUGUGAUAAUUUUAAUAUGUAUUCACGUUAAGUAUGUUAUAAACUUAUAACGUUUGUAUGUAAUGAUCAUUUAACGCACUUCGUGUAGUGAAAUAUUCGCCUGCUACUAAAUAUUAAGACUAGGGAGUACUGAAAAUAUUAUACCUAAAAUAUAUUGAAAAAAUUCUAAUACGUGUUUUGGUGUACACCAAGUGAUAGUUAUAAAAGUAAAACUUUUAUCAAAAUAAUAAUAAUAAUACGCUUAUAGUGUUUUUUCCUACACGCCUAUAGAUUAAUAAUUGAAAACACUUUAAUCAAAUAGUGGAGCAUGAUUUUCUGCUACACAGCCAACGGUCUCUAGUAUAAACUGGUACUCUAUCAAUUCGUUGUUUCUAUGCUUCUUGUCUCUUAUUAAACUUUAGUAAUAAAGUAUCUAUACUCCAAAGUAACUUUCAUUUCACCCCGUGCCUCGUUGGGAGCUGCAUUUACAAGGUAACUGGCCGUCUACGACGUGUGGUGUGUCCUUAAUGUUGGCCGAGUGUGUUAGAUGUUGGUGUCCAACGUUGGCCGGAAUGUUUGUCGUACAAUAGCUCGAUGUUAGAGAUCGCUUAGCUUUCAUAAUCUUGUAUAGUAUUAGCCACACUUAGCAUGAGCUGUUCGAAUAGUAGACUAUUUUUGAAUAAUUAUUAGGUUUAUAUUAUUCAUUUAUUUUAUUGAAUAGUUAAACUUAGUGAUUUUCAGCUAUGACCGUAAUAUCACUGCGUAGAAGUAAAUAGUUUAGUAUAGUAUUUAUUACCUAAAUCAGCUUUUUAGAUAGUAAUACUUUAAAUAAACCGAUUUAAAAAUAAUAUAAAAAUCAGAAAGUUUAGAAAACUGGUUUAUAGAAGGUUCUUUAUUUAUUUGCAAUCACCUUAUUCAAAGCGCUUUUAUGUUUUAGUUUUAUUUAAAAUAUGUAUAAUAUAAUUAAAGUAUAGAAGUAUAGAUAUCUGGUAUGUGAGCGACUCCGUCAAUAUUAUAAAUGUGCUUCUAGCUCGUAUCGCAUGAAGAAAACAAAUGGAAACACACACAACCGUGUGUGCGAACACUACGAACACACACACACGCACAAAAACAGUGUUAUAUAAAAAAAUGAGUGUUAAACGCUUCAACCCGCAUAUUAUAAUCUCGUCGAGAGCUACAUAAUAUGUAUUUACAGAUCAAUGUUUAUUUCGGUAUUGUAUUCUUAUUAUUAUUACGUUAUAAUUUAAUUAUGUUGUUUUUUUAUUUUCACGAUUUUAAUAUAUAAUGGAUAUAACGGAGCCCUGGAUGGAAACGUACAAAUAUAGUUGUUAAGUGCACAACCCAUGAAUGUGCUUCUUAUAUCUACGGUUGUAGGGUAUACCCUGCGUUAUUUUAGUUCACCUACUCUAUUUUUGAUUUACCUUCUUCCUAAGACCUGUUUCGCUUCGCGAGGCACUGCUUCGGGCAGGCCCCUGUAACUACACUCUGCAAAUGUCUAUCACAAAGCUAAACUAUCGAACGAUAUUCUAAAUUACAUAAUAUAUACCGUAUGAAAUAGCUAAUAAUGGUAUUCGCUACUUGUAUUAUUAGAAAAACAUCGUGAGGAAAUCAGCACGCCUCAAAUGUUAUCAAAGGUGUGUGAAGUCUGUCAAUCUAUAUUGAGCCAACGUGAACUAAUUUGGGCCUAAGCCCUUGUUUUUUUAGAGGAAAUCCGUACACAUCAGUGAGCCCGCGAUGGGCUGAAGUGAUUUUUGUAAAAUAUUGAAUUUCUAGAGCGAAAAACAAUAUAAAUAUACAUUUUAAAUGAAGAAAACUUCAAUAACUACCAUAUUACAAACACAUUUUUUUCAUAUUAAAAAUGUACAUAUAGAUAAAUCCCACUUCUGAUUUACAAUAUCUUCUGAUCUAAAUUUUUGUAUAAUUUUUUUUGACACGAUAAUUAAAUAUUUAUGUAUAAAUUAAUGAAGUUUCAUUAGGCUUUUGAAAUAAUUUCGAUACCUUCAAGUAUGAGAACCUUUUCGACUGAGAACACUUAAAGUUUUUGUUUAAUUUGUUUAUUUGUUUACAACGUUUAUGACGUUUAUGGUGUAAACGUUUGAGUUUUGCUGCACACCAUCACAGUGCAGUUGAUUUUAGAGUAACAAUAAUUGGGAUGAUGCCUAUUGCCUAUGUCUAAAAUAAAUUAUUUAUUAGGAGUCAUUAAAUAAAGGGACUUCCAAAAUUCAUAAAACCCGCGUCCGAUGUUAGUUUUAAGUUUGCUAACUAUUUUAAAUUAUCGAUUUAACU